UUUUUUUGUAAUUAAAAUCUAAAAAAAAAUUUCUUUAAUAUUUAAAAUAAUGGAGAAAUUAAAGUGUCGAUUCAGGUCAAUGAAAACUCUUGAUGUGACGGAUGAAAAAUAAAAGACAGGAAAUAAAAGUUUGAAUUUUCUGAAGAUGAAUACCAAAGUUUUCGAAGCAAUUUAUUUUUUAGUAUGAAAAGUGGGGGAAAAUUAAUGAUUUAAAUUAAUAUUGAGUAUGAAAUAGAAUAAAGUAUAUAUAUAUAAUAUCUUGUUUUUGAAAAAGUGAUAAAUUGAAAAAAAUGUAAAGUGAAAAUAAAGUAAGGAAGCGAAAAGUGAAAUAUGAAAAGUAUGAAAGUAAAAUAAAAAUAAAAGUAAUGUAAAUAAAAUAUGAAACAAUGUGAAUAUAAAAAUAAAUAUAUAUAUGAGUUGGAAAAUAUAUAAUUUGUGAAUGCGGAUGUAUAUUGGUAGACUAGAAUAGAAGAGAAUAAGAUUUUUCGGAUUCGCGCAUAUAAAUCUUGAGCUGUGGAAAGUGGGACUGAAGAGUUACGUCAACUUUUAUCGUGGAAUACAAAAGAGCAUAGAAGGUGGAAAACUUGAAGGAUUCUUGGUUCAGUUACUCACAGAACUUGUGUAAAAUGUCACUGAACGUUCGUUGAGUUGCUAAGAAACUAUAAAAUUUAUUAAACCCGAAUUUAAAUACAAAGGGGUUAAUUUCAUCCAAGGAAAAGUUAUUUCGGUUACAAGUUAACGGAGUUGGUGGAAUAAAUUUCAAAUUUCGGGAUAAUGGAUUUUCAAAAAUAUAUUUCAUAAUUUUCGAGAGAAGAUAUAUAUAUAUUAAUGGACAUAUUUAAUCUAUUGGGAUACAUGAAAAAUAGGCGAGUGAUAAAACGUGUAGAGGAAUGAGGUGGCAGCGUGUCACGUAGAAUUAGAGCCGUUUCAGUGGAGAUGCGAGACCGAAGAAGAGAUAUCGGCCCCGCCCUGGUCUUCCUCACGGUCUAUGCGAUCGUACUCGUGCUGGCCGGCGACCAAGAGAGAAACGUGUGGUACGAUGCAGCUACGAGGAGCAUCGAGUCGAGGAUGCGGGCGGCUGCUUCCACUACCAGCACAGGUACCACUCCGCCAACUGGUGAAGCCAAGGGCGUCGUUCUCUUUGUCGGUGACGGCAUGGGGAUGAGCACCCUCACUGCCGCCAGAAUACUCUCUGGACAACGUCAUGGUAAUACGGGAGAAGAGGCUGAGCUCGUCUGGGAUACUUUUCCUGCAGUUUCGCUGGCAAAGACUUACAACAUGGACGCCCAGGUCGGAGAGUCAUCAGCAUGUGCAACUGCGCUGUUGUGUGGCGUGAAAGCGAAUUACGAGACACUUGGUCUCGAUUCCUCGGCUAAAUUUGACAACUGCUUGUCCAGCAAGACGGCGAAGGUGACAUCGAUAGUCGACUGGGCGCAAAGAGAAGGCAAAUCAACGGGUCUUGUAACAACGACUCGAGUAACUCAUGCCACACCAGCAGCUCUCUAUGCUCAUACUUCAAGCCGUUACUGGGAAGAUGACAGUAAAGUGCCUUCAGCAGCUCGUACCUCUUGUAAAGACAUUGCCCGACAACUACUGGAAGACGAACCAGGUCGCAACAUUAAUGUGAUUCUGGGCGGAGGUAGGCGACAUUUUGUGUCAAAAGUCACUCAAGAUCCCGAAGAGCCAGAAAAAGAAGGCCGUCGUCUUGACGGAAGGAAUUUAAUAACCGAGUGGAGCAAGUACCACCAAAACAUGGCGUCGAAAUACGUCUAUACAAAAGAGCAAUUCGACGAAAUAGAUCCCGCGCGAGUAAAUUAUCUUCUGGGAUUAUUCGCUUACUCGCACAUGGAUUUCGACGUCGACCGGAAUACGACUGGGACUGGAGACCCAUCGCUCGCUGAGAUGACGAUCAAGGCGCUGAGAAUACUCAAGAGAAAUCCCAAGGGAUUUUUCUUAUUUGUCGAAGGUGGACGAAUAGAUCAUGCACAUCAUUACAAUAAUGCUUACCGAGCUCUAGACGAGACUCUGGCAAUGGAGGAAGCCGUGAGAGCGGUUAUGGAAGAAGUUGACCUCUCGGAAACGCUUCUCAUAGUCACGGCUGACCACUCCCACGUAUUGACUCUCGGCGGCUUGGCCACAAUCCGUGGGAACCCAAUCUUCGGGUCUGACAGCAAAAAAUCCGACGUGGAUGGAAAACCAUACACAACUUUGUUGUACAGCAAUGGUCCAGGUCACACGGAGCCGCGAUCCGUCAUGCGAGAAGCUGGCAAAGAUUCCAUUCAGACUGCAGGAGUACCCAGGACUUGGGCGACCCACGGCGGAGAGGACGUACCAGUAUUCGCAAAUGGACCUCUGGCCUCAGUAUUAUUCAGCGGGACCGUCGACCAGAGCUACAUCCCGCACGCGAUAGCAUACGCGGCCUGUCUUGGUCGGUACGCGAGCCGGUGCUCUGGCGCUUACGAGUCCAACCUCGUGAUCAACGACACAAAUCUUAUUGCGCCGAUAAGUUGUCCGUCAGCGGAGCCCAACAGCGCGGCGAUAUCCAGCGACGUAAUGAACGAUCAGGCCCGUAAUCCCCCCUCUAAAUCAAACAACUCUGUCUGCUCUAAUCUCACGACUUCCAAAGCUCAUCAAUUAUUUAUUUCCCUAUUCUCUGCUGUUUUUUUAAGACUUUUUAUUUAUUUAUCGCUUAAUCCUCUUGCCAGUUAAUGUCACUCAUUUUUUUUUUUUUAAUAUUUAGCUGUCAAUUUUAAAAAUUUUUUUUUGAGAGCAAGUGAAAUAAAAUGUAAAAAUAUUUGUGGGGAUGCCUGUGGGUCCAAAAAUAAUUCCAGUGAGUAUUGAACUAAAAGAUUAAUCUUAAAGUUAUUUAAUAUUAAAUAUAUAUAUAAAUAUACUGAUAUAUAUGUUGAUAUGGUGAAAGAUUGACGUCUAAGUUUUAAGUGUAAUUGUACAGAAAGACAAUCGAUCGCGGUUUUAAGACGUAAUAAUUAUUUAUAUUUUAGUCUCACGUUUAUUACUGCACCUAUUGAUAUUUAUAAAUACUAUGAUAAUAAUUAUAAUGAUAAAGAUAAUAAUGAAUGUGUACAUUUCGAUCGUAGUGAUGGAUUUCGCGCAUCGCUUGGCAAAUUCAUCACAGGCUAUGAUUAAUUAAUAUUUGUAAAUAAGUAAAUAUAUGGACUAAUUAGUUACUAUAUUAAUUAAUAUAUAUGAUGAGCAAAAAAUGAACGAA